AUGGUGGAGAAAAUGGUUGAGACAAUGUCAUUGCUCAAAGAGAAUUUCAAUCAUCUCCAGUACAUUGGCUUGUGGUGUCCAGUCAAGUGGUCCUCAAACUCCUGGAAGUCCAGAGUCUACAGGAUCUACACAAUUUCAAUAAUCGGUGCACUUUACUGGUUCGGCGUCACUGAAUCCAUCAGUCUCUUCACAAUUGUUGACAGUGUUGAGGAUUUUUCUGAUAGCUCUUUCAUGCUGCUCACGGCUAUCGUUGUUUGUGUCAAGGUUGAUAUGAUUUUAAUGAAAAAAUCCGAGAUCAUCGCGCUGAUCACGACCUUGGAGGGUCAUCCCCACAAGCCGAUCAAUACCGAUGAGGAAGUGAUUUUGGAUGAGUUCAUCGGUCGCAUCAGAUUGAUCUCGUGGAUUUAUGGGGGAGUCGUUGAAGCUUCCGUGUGGGCCAUGACCAUCUCCGUAUUCUUUCAAGAUAUUCCCUAUGGUGAUCUGCCUUAUAAGGCUUGGAUACCCUAUAAUUAUUCGACACCUAUCUUCUACUGGUUGACAUUUUGUUUACAAUUACUUGUUGUUAUUUUUGUGGCUAAUGUAGCCUGUGGUUUUGAUACGGCUCUGCUAGGAUUCUUCAUGCUCGUAUGUGCCCAGUUCAAUAUCCUGAGAGAUCGAUUGGAAAAGGCUGUUGGUGAAUUGGAGACUGCGAUCGUGAAAUCUCACGAAGAUAUUUUUGGAGCAAUGGAAAUUUGUGAGAGGCGAAUUGUUGACUGCGUGAAGUAUCAUCGAGCAAUUUUUGAGUAUGUUGGAUAA